AUGGGACGAAAGCCUCGGUUUAUCGGACUGGUCAAGAAGGCUUACGCGGGCGAGGAAUUCACCCCCAACAGUCAAGUACAACCAUCAGAAGAGAUCCAGUUCUCCUCUAUACUUGACCACAUACCAUCCACACAAGGUGAUGGAUCCCAGGAGUACCUACUGCAAUGGACAGAUGGGGAGCGUACCUGGAUACAUGAAUCAGACAUCGCAGAUGCUGAUAUUCUUACACUAUACCGACAGCGUACCAGACGCAAGCAACGGCAAUCCAGGCCGAAGAAGUCUACAUCAACGAGCACUGAUCAGCGAUCAGCGAGCACCCUGAAGCGCACGAGGCGGGGAACUUAA